AUGUAUUUCUGGAAACCGAGUUUGCGCCAUCCUACGUCACAGAUCAUCCCAUUCAGAACCCAACCCUACCAGGCCCCAGCACCAACCCUGCCCUGCCAGGCCCCAGCAACAUUCCAACCCUACCAGGCCCCAGCACCAACCCUGCCCUGCCAGGCCCCAGCAACAUUCCAACCCUACCAGGCCCCAGCACCAACCUGCCAGUCCCCAGCACCAUCCAACCCUACCAGGCCCCAGCAUCAUCCAACCCUACCAGGCCCCAGCACCAACCUGCCAGGCCCCAGCACCAACCUACCAGGCCCCAGCACCAACCUGCCAGGCCCCAGCAUUCCAACCCUACCAGGCCCCAGCACCAACCUGCCAGGCCCCAGCACCAUCCAACCCUACCAGGCCCCAGCACCAACCUGCCAGGCCCCAGCACCAACCUACCAGGCCCCAGCACCAACCUGCCAGGCCCCAGCAACAUUCCAACCCUACCAGGCCCCAGCACCAACCUGCCAGCCCCAGCACCAUCCAACCCUACCAGGCCCCAGCACCAACCAGCCAGGCCCCAGCACCAACCUACCAGGCCCCAGCACCAACCUGCCAGGCCCCAGCACCAACCUACCAGGCCCCAGCACCAACCUGCCAGGCCCCAGCACCAACCUGCCAGGCCCCAGCAACAUUCCAACCCCACCAGGUCCCAGCACCAACCUUGCCCUGCCAGGCCCCAGCAACAUUCCAGCCCUACCAGGCCCCAGCAACAUUCCAGCCCUGCCAGGCCCCAGCACCAACCUGCCAGGCCACAGCACCAUUUCAGCCCUGCCAGGCCCCAGCACCAACCUGCCAGGCCCCAGCACCAUUCCAGCCCUGCCGAGCAUGAGUUGA